UUCAACCCUAGCUUUUCCUCAAGUCUUCUUUUUCUCAGAUUCUGUGCCGCCAUAAUGACAAGAUCGAGAUUAUUGAUUUUGUUGUUGUUGUUAUCUAGGCUUGGGUGUGGGUGGCUGUAAUGGGGCGGGGCUUGUUCCUUGCAAUAAUUUUGUUGCUCCAUCUAAAACCAAAAUUCAUUUUCUCUGAUUAUUGUUAUACAGAGCGGGAUUGUGCCGAAAUGGAAGAGAAUACGAUGAAGAGCAUCAGUCACAACACUUCAGACGCCUCCCUCAGGCUAGUGAACGACACUACAGUACCGCCAUUGAAGGAGGGGGACGUACUAAUCAAAGUUUCUGCUGCUGGAGUGAAUCGUCUUGACUUGUUGCAAGUGAGGGGAUUGUAUCCACCUCCACCUGGAGAAUCGGAAAUAUUAGGAGUAGAAGUUUCUGGUACAAUAGUGUCUCUAUCUCCAUUGGCUGGGUCUAAUUCAGGAUUUAAGAUUGGUGAUCGAGUCAUGGCUCUUAUAGGUGGAGGUGGAUAUGCUGAAUAUUGUACUGCUCCGUAUCAGUGUGUGAUGGCAAUACCUCAGUCACUGAGUUUCGAUAAAGCAGCCGCAAUUCCUGAAGCAUAUUUGACUGCCUACCAAGGUUUAGUGUGGAAUGGCGACCUACAGGAUAAUCAGACGGUACUGAUACAUGCUGGAGCAAGCUCAGUUGGAUUAGCUGCUAUUCAACUAGCUAGGGUACUACGAGAGGGUGUGGUUGUUAUAGCCACUUCGAGGACAGAGGAGAAACUUGUGCAGUGUACAGAGAAUGGAGCACAUUUUGUCAUUAAUUCAAAAGAAAAAGACUUUAAGGAAGAAGUGAUGAGAAUCACCGAAGGAAAAGGUGUUGAUGUAAUUUUAGAUUUCAUAGGUGGAUCAUAUUGGGAUAAUAACAUAGCAUCAUUAGCUACUGACGGACACAUUGUACUACUAGGAAUGUUGGGUGGAGUAACCACACCCUCUCCAGUUAAUCUCGGCCUCUUGCUCAAGAAGCGUUUGACAGUUAAAGGCUCAACUUUAAGGAGUAGGUCGUUACCAUAUAAGGAGAGGCUAGUAUCAGAGGUAAAGAGCAUCAAAAUUUAUACUUACAGUAAUUUUAAUUGGCUUAAAGUUUUUAUAGAAC